CGCUGAACGGCGUGCUGGGCGAUCUGGCGCACGCAGUGGACGCCAUGGUCUCGCUGUACCGCACACACUACCAAAACGUCGUCAUUCAUCCCUUGGGGAGCUUCAGCGAGGUGAUCGACCGCGAUUCGCGCACGUCGUUCAAGCUGUAUUUCAACCCGAAAUCGGGGAAUCGGAAGCUGUUCAGCCAGGCGCUGCAGCUUUUCUUGCAGGCCGUUGCCUGCUUGAUGAAGCACUGCACGGAGCGGUUUAAGAUGGAGCCUCGGUUUGCGGUGGACGCGGAGAAUGGAAAGGUCGGAAAUGAGGACUUUUUGUUUAAUGAUGUGGACUCGUGGCUGCGAGCUCUCCGGUAUUUGGCGAUCGAUGUGAAGCAGAUGAUUGUGUACGCGUAUACCGCUAGCGUUUAUAUUGUUACGCAUUCUUGCGAUGUUUGUUUGAAAGAGGAAAAUCGGGGGAAUUUUUGUACCAGAUUCUAA